GCAGAACAUUCCAAUAUCUGUUCCAAAUCACAAUCCCUUUAAAGAUCAGAUUAAAUUGUCCCAAGUCAAACCCACCUUUGACGUCUUCCCCGCUUCUCUGGAUUGGAGAGCUUCUCUUGGAAUCCGAUAAUGUCAAAAACCAUUAAUCUAAUAAAAGCCAACGCUUCUAACCCUAAGGUUUGGAUUGUGGCGGGAAUUACAGUGGCCGGAAUCCUACUUCUGGCUGACACCACUAGAAGGAGGAGGAGGAAAGCUAUCAUCAUCCAAAGACAAGAUUUUGGCGCUUUCUUGGAACGCUUCGACUUAAUCCCUUUCCCCCAGCCGCCAACUCCUCCCGCCAAACUUCCAUUACAAGGUCUUACAUUUGCCAUCAAGGACAUAUUUGAUGUAAAAGGUUACGUAACGGGGUUUGGGAAUCCCGAUUGGCGUAGAACACAUGAGCCGUCUGAUAAGAUGGCGCUGGUGCUUACUGCUUUGUUGCAAAACGGUGCUAAAUGUGUGGGCAAGACAGUCAUGGACGAACUGGCUUUUGGAAUAACGGGGGAAAAUAAGCAUUAUGGAACACCUAUAAAUCCCAAAGUGCAGUCAAAUAUUCCAGGAGGUUCUUCAAGUGGUUCUGCUGUGGCGGUUGCAGCUGAAUUUGUGGACUUUGCUCUAGGUACUGAUACAAUUGGCUGCAUUAGACUUCCGGCAUCCUUCUGUGGUAUUCUUGGCUUCCGUCCAUCUCAUCAAGCUGUAUCUACUAUUGGGCUUAUUCCAAAUUCCCAAAGUUUGGAUACUAUUGGAUGGUUUGCUCGUGAUCCAUCUGUUCUACGCCGUGUUGGACAUGUUCUACUUAAAGUAAAAGCAGUGGAACCUAAAAGGGAAAGGCGCCUUGUGUUUGCUGAUGAUCUAUUCCAGCUUUCAAAGGUUACCAAGCAGAAGACAGUUUAUGUUGUUAGCAAAGCAAUAGAAAAGCUUUCUGGUUACCAGCCUCCCCAGCAUAUUAAUUUUUCUCAGUAUGUUGCUUCAAAUGUGCCCAGUCUAAAAGCUUUUGGUCAAAAUUCCUCAAACCUGCAAUAUGGAAUUUCUGCUUUGAAAGCUCUUUCAUCAGUGAUGGUGUCAUUGCAAAGCUAUGAGUUCAAAACAAACCAUGAGGAAUGGGUUAAAAAUGUUAAACCAAGACUAGGACCUGAGAUUUCUCAUCGUGUUCUUGCAGCAAUCAACACUAAAUAUGAGAACGUGAAAGUUUUGUACAAAGUCGGGACAGAAAUGCGCGCUGCUCUGCAAAGUCUUCUUAAGGAUGAUGGAAUAUUAGUGAUUCCCACAAUUGUGGACCCUCCACCAAAGCUUAAUUCAAUGAAAGAUUAUUCCACUGAGUUUCAUGAUAGAGCCUGUGCAGUAUUGAGCAUUGCUAGCAUGUCAGGGGGCUGUCAGGCUUGUGUUCCAUUAGGAAAUGAUGCUGGUUGUCCUGUUUCUGUUUCGUUUGUCUCGUGCCAUGGAGCAGACAAAUUUCUUCUUGAUGCAGUUUUGGAUAUGUAUGCAUCUCUGCAAGACCAAGUCAGCAAUGCAUUCAAGUCCGCGCUAUUGUCUGAUGUCAAUGGUAAUAUGGAUGCUUCUCAAUGGUGAAGGAAAAGAACUGAGCUACAGGAAAAGAAACUAUUUCAUAUCCAAAUUGCUAGUCAAACAAGGAGGAGAAGCGACCAGAUAUUGAAAAGAAUGGGAUUGCAAGAAUGACACAUAAGAAAGAAAUUUGCUAACUUAUUUCUUAAACAUGCCAAUCAUGUCUUAGCUAAGGGGAAAUCUUCACUAUAUGAAAACCUUGGGUUUUAAGCAUAUCUGCGGGUCAUCUCCAACUGAUGGAUUCAGACGCCUAUCUUCAGCGCUGAGCCCUCCCAAAUCCCAAUAGAACGCCAAGAGUUGGUUAUGGGGUAACUGGUCAAACCGAGGUCAAUUUUUUUUCCUUUCAUUUUAUUUUACUUUAGAAAAUUAGGUGUAAAGGUUGAACACAGAUGACAUAUGGAUGUCUUGUAUAAAUUUGAUUUUCCUUUCUAUCAUUUCCUAAUGGAACACAAUUUAAAGAGGAAUAAACAGACCUUAUCUUCUUCAUAA